CGCGCAGUCUCUGAAAAUUCGUAACACAAUUCAGAAGUUUUCUUACAUAAUCUAAGAAACAAAGCCGUUAAACAAAAUAGAAAGGAAAUAAAAAUAAAAUAUUUAAAAAUGUCGGACUCAAAACGUGUAAGCCAAAAGUCACGUUCUAGUACUCCAACUGCCCACUAUCAGGCCUACGGAGGCGAUGCGUUCGUGCAACAUUUUGAGAAGCGAGGCGCACGCGAAAUUAUUAUAAUGGAUUCGAUAGGCAAGCCAAUCCGUUCCACAGUUAGCCAGAGGCGGACAUAUAAUUAUGCCUCGCUCCUAAAGCCAUUGGCCACAAUGGCACGCAAUGUGGUAAGGGACUUGGAUCCGGCUAACGAUGUGACCUUUAUGCGUUUACGCUCCGAAACACAUGAGGUGCACAUGUCCCUCAACACGGAGUUCAUAGUGGUCGCCAUACAGAAACUGAAACGAAAAGCUAAAUAGUUAUAUGCACAACUAAAAAAGGACAGGUGUGGGUGUGUGUGUGUUCAUGGGGUAACUGUUAAAUAUGCGAAACAUAUAUCAUAGCAAAUCCUUAAUAUAGGGCCUAUUGGAUUACAUAAUAAAACUUGGAAAAAUUUGAAAGCAAUUGAAAAUUCAUGAA